AAGUUGCGAUGCAUCCAGAUAGGAUGCUUUCUAUGGUGCAUCAGUAAAAAUUGGUGAGGGUCAUCCAGGACAUGCUGAACUUCCUCAGCAUUGGCCAGUUGCUGUGGUCUACAGCUGAGGGUUGCAGACCCGGAGGGAAGGAGGCGUUGGAUGUUCACACCCAGGGAGCCUGCCUCCUGGCCACAUCAGGAUACAUAGGAAGGCGCUCACCUUAAAAGAGGUGCCGGCCGCUGGGUAGAAAAGUCAAAGAGUUUGCAACAGUUAAAUAGUGAGUGGGUGCGGGUGGGGAACUGCCUGGUGGGAGUGGCGAGAGGCAGGGCUUGGGGAGUCAGGUUGCGUGGAAAGCGCCGGGUGAAGGUUCUUUGUCGAAGUUGGUUGGAAGUGUUCCUGUGUGAACGGACCUGCACCUCCCGCUGCAGAGAGAAAUUAACGGCGGGACAUCGGUCAGUCUCUGGGUGACAGCGUGCUUGGACACUCGGCACAGAGCUGUGUAAGGAUCGCUGGCGUGGAGAGUGAUGAAGGACAGCACCGGAGACCCACAGGGUAAGGACGAGAGCCAGAAGGAUGUGCGGAGCACAGAUCCUGCAAAAGGGACGCCGGGAGCAGCAUCAAGGAAACCCUUCGGGAUUGUGACCUGCAUUCUCCUGGGUCUGUUCGUCCUACUGACUGUAAUGUUCGUUGUGGAGCUGCUGAAGUUUCGACAGAUAUCCGGUGAAAUUAAAGAUCUGAAGGACGACAUGACGGAGAAACUUGCAAGAAUGAAGGACGAGCUGACCGCUAUAAACCAGAUGGGACAUACCCUGUUGGCGGGACACGGAAACAUUGAGAACAAGAUUUCGAGUUUGACUGAUCUGAUACGCAAAUGGCACAGUGACCUGCGGGCUCAGAUAGCAGACAUGAAGAACAACUGUCGGCCCCGGUUCGAGUGCCCUGACCAGUGGACGUUAUUUGGUCAGAAGUGUUACUACUUCUCACCACGCGUGGAAGAUUGGUUGUCGUCCCAGAGGUUUUGUGCUUCAAACAUGGCCAACUUGGCUGUGAUUGACCGUUCUGACAAACAGGCAUUUGUUGUAAAUGAGAUCAAGUCAACACGGCAUUGGAUCGGCCUGAAUGAGUCAAGCACGGGCGGAACCUGGCUCUGGGUGGAUGGUACCGAUUAUCCUUCCUCACAGAAGUUUUGGUCCUCUGGUGAGCCCAGAAGUAUUGGAAGUUACGAACCCUGUGUUGGUACAAAUCGUGAUGGGAAUUGGGUUGUGUAUUCAUGUAGUGAAAAAAUGAAUUUCAUCUGUGAACGCCCUGUGUUCUGUCGUUUUAAAUAACUCUUCACUUAGUUAAAGACCCAAAUCUUUUGUUAGUAAACAUAUUUUCUGAUCCUGUUAUAAGCUGUGUUGCAACCAUGGCCUAACCACCAGAUAAAAUUGCUGUCUUGAACUUCGCUCUGUCAAAUUUAGCAAAAAAGCUGACAUUUCCAGACUGCUUAAUGCCCAUUGAUGGGAUUUAAUUCUGCAGCUAGAGUGCUUCUUCUAACUUGAGAAUAUUUAACGUUUCCUUUAUUGUGCUUUGUGUCUUGUUGCAAUACUCCCUCUGAUGAUUUCAACCCAGAUGGUAGCAGUGGGUUUCCAUGUCCAUUCCUCUUCAGUGAGAACGUAACAGUACCUACUAGGUGUCCACUUUAUCAAAGGACACAGAGUCUUCCUGAUAUAAGUUAGUGCAAGAGCUGAUUUGCACUUUCCUCCUUGUGGCACAGUCCACCUUACAGCGACAUUCACCCUGCUCCCAUUAUAUUUAUCAAGUUGCUGAACUGUUCAGCCGUGUGGAGUGGUUAUGCCCACAGUAAUCACAUGACACAGAUCACACGUUCAUUCCCAGUGACGGGAUUGUGCUCCGAUGUUAGAAAGAUUGCCUUUCAAUGGAUCAGUUGUUUUGUAUCCUGCGGAUCAGAUAUGCACAGGCUGCAAAUGAAGGACAUGCUGAAGUGAGGCAUCAGCAGUCAGCAUAGCAAAUUCUCCCUGACAUCUAAACUUACAUACUUUUUGUUUCAAAUGCGGUUUAAUCUCUCUGUGAUUAGUCGCCAUUGAUGUUUGGAAGAAUGUAACUAUUGCCUUUUGUGAAUGUUUACACUGUGGAUCAGACCACUUCAAUAAAACAAAUCAAAAUACAACAAAA